AGUUUCUUUUAGAGCGUCUUUUAGGGUUAGGGUGUGGGAGGCGACGCACUACUGGUCAGUGCUCCUCGCAACUUUACCCAAGCAACACUCCACUCUCCCCGCGGACGAGGUUCCUCCUCCACCAGUCAAGGUUUACGUGAUACUAUUGACAAUGACGUUGUCCUUCCUCCGCCGAGUGAACGUCCUGGGAUGUCGAUCAAUAAUAAGGAAUGGGAUUUUAUUCACUUUAUUGAGCAGCGUCCUGUGUCUGUUAGCUCUGGUCCUGCUGGGGUUGGUGUCAGUGCAAACACUUAAACUACAACUAUUAACUGUCGACCAAGAAACAAGAGACGUGAGGCAGCACUCAGCGAGGCAAACAGUGAAUGUGAGUGACUCCGUCAGUGGGGAAGAGAAAAUCCGACCACACGUCCACCUUCAGAGUGCAAAUGUUACUGACAGUAUAGACAAUAAAAGAGAAUUCGUCACUGUUGAUACUGUAGACGUGGAGAAUACCAUACCAAGGAGAGUCAGCAACCUUCACCCGAAACAAUACCAUAAAGACGAGGUCCACAUGCCGGCCUCCUCCUGGACGAAGGAGAUGACGGAGGAGGAGAGAGCGGUGAUGGGGGAACGGAGGAACAUGGUGAAGAAGGUGUGUGGUUCUCUCAAGCUCCAGGGCGUACUGGCACCUGACAUGAAGAAAAUCUACAACAACUUGCUCUUCGUCAACGAGUACAAGAUGGUCUGGUGUCCGAUAUUUAAGGCUGCUUCCACCUCCUGGGUCAAGAACUUGUUGCUACUGGCAGGUAAAAAGAAGGUAGACUCAGGCGUCCAUCCUCUAUCCAGGAAGAUCUACGCCCAGCCGACAGACCCAGCGGAGAGGGAACGCCACCUUAAGAACUCAAUGAAGAUGAUGAUAGUGAGGCAUCCCUUGGAGCGUAUUCUGUCUGCUUACAGAGACAAGAUGCUUCGUGUCAGGAAUCCGAAAGGUAAGUUCGAGACAAUGCAGAAGAAGAUAGCCAGGGGGUACGUUGACCUGAGCACCAACACCUCCGCCACCAACCUAACCCAGCCCACCUUCACCCAGUUUCUCCUUAAGGUGAAAGAUGACAUAAAGAAAGCUUGGAAGUCCGGCGACAACAAAAUCAACAUGCACUGGCGGCCAUUUUGGUUGACCUGUGCGCCCUGCCACCUGACUUAUGACGUCAUCGCCCACGUGGAGACGCUGAACAUGGACCAAGAGUUCAUCAUCCGGGAGCUCGGCCUCCAGGACCACCUCCUCAACCUAUACACUCACGCCUCCAAUUUCGACGUGUACAACAAGACGAGUGAGGCGACCCGGCACUACUACAGUCAGGUGCCGCUCUCCCUACUGAAGGACAUCGUCAACUACUAUAGAUACGACUUUAACCUCUACGGAUACUCCCCAGACCCUUACUUUGAGUUAGCGAGGGCAGACUAAGUUUAGUUUAGUUUCAUAUUAUACAAGUAUAAUUUAGUGAUUUCAACACCUGAGGUGUUAUCACAACAAGAGUAUCAAGUGAAGACAGAGAGUUCAUGUCUAAUGACACUUCCUCACAAAAGGUGUGGAGGCAACAGGAGAGGCACUUAACGAGCUACAGUCACCCAGCUCUGCUUCACUCACACCCACCUUAUCCUGAGUAGCCUUCCUGUACAUCUAUACAGCAGUCAGGUACAACGGGAAGGACUUUGUUGGCGCCAACAUCAGGUCACAAGAAUGUCUACAGACCAGCUCCCACAGUACCAGAUCUAAGGUUAAUCUAUAUGGUGACUCUACGUUUCUUAUGUUUUUGUAUUGAAAGCUUUUGUCAAUCAAGUGACCCACUCCCAGAUUUCACCAUAUGUAACUUAUCA